CGUGGGUUGUAGUUACCAUGGCGGAGCAGAUGGAGGGAAGCCUUUGUAAUGAAAUAGUGUCAACCACAGAAGGAAGCACACCAAAGACAAUGGCAGCAGGAGAUUUUAAUUUCAGUUCUGAACUAUCUAAGUCUCAGAAAUUCUGUUGGAGAUGUCAGAAGGAAAUGGAUGGACUGACUACCUACAAACCAGAAGAAAUGACAUCUAAAGACUAUUAUUUUGAUUCCUAUGCUCAUUUUGGCAUUCAUGAAGAAAUGUUGAAAGAUGAAGUUCGUACCCUGACUUACAGAAAUGCAAUGUACCACAACAAACAUCUGUUUCGAGGAAAAGUGGUCUUAGAUGUUGGAUGUGGAACAGGCAUUCUUUGCAUGUUUGCUGCAAAGGCUGGAGCUUCAAAAGUUAUUGGGAUAGAAUGUUCGAAUAUAGUGGAACAUGCAGAACAAAUAGUAAAGGAGAACUCUUUAGAUAAUGUAAUAACAAUGGUGAGAGGGAAGGUGGAAGAAGUACACUUACCAGAUGAAAUAGACAAAGUAGAUAUUAUCAUUUCAGAAUGGAUGGGUUACUGUCUUUUUUACGAGUCAAUGUUGGACACUGUCAUUUAUGCAAGAGAUAAGUGGCUGAAACCCGAUGGCCUGAUGUUUCCUGAUAGAGCUACAUUAUUUAUUACUGGUAUUGAAGAUAGGCAGUACAAAGAUGAGAAGAUUAACUGGUGGGAUAAUGUAUAUGGCUUCAACAUGUCAUGCAUCAGGAAAGUAGCUAUUUCAGAACCACUUGUGGAUGUUGUUGAUCCAAAACAGGUCGUCACCAAUGCCUGUCUAUUAAAGGAAGUAGACCUCUACAAUAUCAAAGUAGAAGAUUUGGUUUUCCAGUCACCUUUCCAUUUGCAAGUUCGUCGUGAUGAUUAUAUUCAAGCCUUUGUUACAUUUUUUAAUUUAGAGUUUACAAAAUGUCACAAACGAACAGGCUUCUCUACAGCACCAGAAGCUCCUCACACCCACUGGAAGCAGACAGUUUUCUACUUUGAUGAUUAUCUUACAGUGAAAAAAGGAGAAGAGGUUUAUGGAGUGUUCAGUAUGAAACCUAAUCCCAAAAACAAGCGUGAUCUGGACUUCAGUAUUGAUGUGGACUUUAAGGGUGAUCUGUCAGAGCUAGGAGAAAGUUUUACAUAUCGAAUGCGUUGAUACCGCCUACUUUGUAUUACAGCAGUUUUUAUUCAACAUCACAGUGCUUCCCUUCCUGCUUUCAGUGUAAUUGUACAGUCUGUAACUGUUGUAUCAGACUUAUAUGAGCAUCCUUAUCAAUGUUGUACUUUCAUUUGGAAAACAGAAUUGAUUAAAUUGUCCUAAUUGUAACUGUUGGUUGUUUUUAGUAAUUCAGAAUGUUUUUGUUUUUUUGCCACAAUUGUAGCAGAAACCACUUAUAGGUUCUGUAUGAAAUAUUUUGACAGAAGUUUAAUUAUAAAAGCUCAGAAUUUCAAAACAUAUUUAAUGAAACAAAUCGCAAAUUGUCCAUACUCAAGUUUCUAGCUGUUUCUAAAUGUCUGUAAAAAGAUUUUUUUUAAACUCGUGCUGCUGUCUUUGAUACCUUUUCAUGCUAAGUGACUGUUAGUUUAACAAAGUUGAUUAUAUAACAGGCUUUGUUUUAUAAUAUAUGGAAUUUCAAAAUAUACAUCUUAGUAUAACUGUUUUAAUAUUAUCUUUGAGAUUGUGAUGAGGUUUGGCUUGUUAAUUUUCAAAUAAAUUAUUAAUAAUUGUUUAGAUGAACAAAAAGUUCAAUGCAGUACAUUUGAUAACUUCGUUUUUAAAGCAUAUGAUUCCAGUUGUUCACCAUCAGGUGCCUGAUUUUUGACCCACGUCAGUUUACUGAUGCAUCAUAGGAAUGUCUAUUUUCUAACCCAUUUAUUAUAACUGACAUCAAUGUACAGUUUAAAAAUAUAUAAUUCAACAAAUGGUUCCACUCCCAAAAUAUUAAAAAAAAAUUAGUUAUUCAUUGUCUCAUAUAAGCUUGUAUUUUUCUGUUUAGCAUUUUUGAUUCUUGCAGUCACUUGUAAUUCAAGCCACAAUUAGACGAUAUGGCUAACUCUCGGAGAAGUAGACCAGUAGAUAAAUGCUAUCACUCAGUGCAUAACAUUAAAAAUGAACUAAAAGAUCCCACAAUUAGACGAUAUGGCUAACUCUCGGGGAAGUAGACCAGUAGGUAAAUGCUGUCACUCAGUGCAUAACAUUAAAAAUGAA